AGAGGUUCUGUUUUCCACGCAAGCACCAAAUAUCAGGAACACUUACACAGCUGACAAUUCACACCUUAACAAUAUUUAACGUCUCAGGAAAAAGUCGGAACAAAUUAUGAAAAAACGUGAAAUUACUCUUCUCCUAUUGGGGAAAUCAGGCGUAGGAAAAUCCACCUUUAUCAACUCCUUUGCCAAUUAUGCUACUCACGCUGACAUAAAUAACAUAAAAACCAUCCAAGAUGUCCACGCCCCUAUUCCCUGCUUGUUCAUGAUGACUGACAGCAAUAACAAUGAGAUCGAGGUUACCCUCGGCGACGAGAAAAAUCAAGACGGAAACGAAUAAAUGGACUCUACGGGGGCCGGAACGCGGGCCUGUAAAUCGUACAGCUUCGCCUUUCAAGAUGUCACUGUCACCCUAAUCAACACCCCCGGAAUUAUAGGCACCGGUGGGGUCGAAGUUAAUAAGCAACACCUGGAAAACAUCCUGGAAUUUGUAUCUUCCAUUAAGUCCAUUGACGCCAUUUGCAUCCUCCUAAAACCCAAUGAAGAUCGGCUUGACAGCAUUUUACGGUACUGUUUCCUAGACCUGCUGUCCCAACUGGAUCGUUCCGCCGCUCGAAACAUUAUCUUCCUCUUCACCCAUUCCAGAAGCAUCCAGUACCGACUUGGAUCGAUGGGGACGUCCAUCAAAAAAAUCAUGGAAACAAUCAAGGAGACAAAACCUGACUUGGAUUUUGAAUUUUUUACGGAAAAUUGUUUCCUCUUCGACAGCGAGGCCUUCAAGUUCGUCGUUGCAAAGGAUAAGAUUGGAGAUAAAAGUAAUUCAGGAAAGUUGGAAUAAAUCGCGGCAAGAGUGUAUUCGUCUGGUAAAGAGAAUACAAACUUUUACAAGUCGUGACGUCUCGAAUAUGAUGUCCAUUUUCAGAACGAGACAACUUAUCGACGCUCUCCUCCCUCUAUUGAAAACUAUUGAGGGUCAUAUCCUAGAAAAUGAGGAAGCUUGUGGCUUAAAAGAAAAACAAAUCCGGGAAUUUCAAGGGGAUAUCACUGAACUGCAAAAAAUCAUGUACAUUCCAAGAAUUCAUGCAGAAAUCGAGUAUUUCAAAAAUCCCAGGAUAAUUUGCAAAUCCGAAAAGUGCACGAUGCGAACUAAAGUUGAGGUGGAAUACGAACCACUGCGGGACCAAAUUUGCUACGAGGCAGAAACAUCGGUAUGGACCAAUUUGAAAGGUUUGUUGGACGCCCACCCCCUCGUCCGAGGACCUAAAGUUGCAGGUUACACCAUGAGGGACCUAGCAAUACUAGCGAAACCACUAGUACUCGGCACUUCGGUCCCCACUCGAAAGGGGUUUCUGCCCGGGAUUUUCAGUGCUUUUGCCAUACAAAAGGCGUUAGGACAUGGUUUUGACGAAUUCAUACUUUAAUU